CUGAUCAUACCAAAUAACGGAACUUAGGACAAAAAUCUUGUGUUAAACGUGAUUCCGUUCUUUUUUUGCAAUAUUUAGUAGGAAUUCUUGAUAUAAUCCGAAAAGUGCGUGUUUUAAAUACUUUUAAAUACAAUUAAUUAUCGUUCUUGUAAAGUGCAAUGCAAAUGGCUGAGACUAACCAAGAUGGCGCUGGCGCCCUGAAAAUUUCGACUGAAGGACCCGAGAAGCCUAAAACUGCUCGCCAUCAUCUCUCCGCGCUGGAAAAGACGGACUCGCCGUCGUUAGAGGAAGUCGCCACACCCUCCGAGAAGGAUAAGGACAUGUUUGUCUAUCCGCCACCACCGCCUCCGCCAACACCAGUGCAGGCGCCGCUGCCGUCCAAAGCAGCACCUCCUCCACCGAUGCCGUUAGACCACGAAGAGGACGAAGCCAAUUCGGAGAAAUGGGAAGAUCCCUGUGCCCCGCCGCCACCGCCUCCAAUGCCCUCGAAUGCCUUUCUGUCCAGCGGCUUGGGCUAUCUGAAGCUCACGGCCGUAAAGUUGAAGGAUGCCCUGGAGGAGGCCAUAACCAAGAGAGAGACCAACAAGCGCCCUCAGAAGGUACCCAUCGAACCAUCUCACCAGAUAGAUCAAGUUAAAUGGGAGGCAAUUGAAAUGUUGCCAAGAUGCUCUUGGGACAUGCUGGAUGCCAGAGCUGCCGCUUCAUGCGUGGCUCCAUGCAUGGCUGUGAUGCUGCAUCCGCAGAACAAGAAGCCGGCCAUCUUUGCGCAGCUGGAGAGGAUUAUAAAGGUGCAUCGUCUGCUUGCCAAGCAGAACAUGACCCAAGUGGCCAUUUCCCGAGAGGCCAUACCGCUGUAUGCCGCUGUCAAGCCACACCACGAGGAUGAGGGGUUGACAUUGCAGGUGCUCUCGGCUAGAGCUUCCACACCAUAUACCCAGCCCACGAGCAUGCUGUCGUGUACGGCUGUCAGCUGCGACCUGGACCAUGACUCGCCAAAGAAACACCACAAGGAAGCAGCUCAUUCGCUGGAGCAGCGUCCUGCAGCGCAGCACAAGCGUACUCCAGCCUUAGUGGCCAGCAAACCAGGAAACAUGAAGGCUCAAAAAGCAGCAGCUCGCCGCUCGCCGGUGCUACAUCGAACCCACUACACGCGUUCCAGCCUCCUGGACAUACGCGGCGAAAUGUUGAAUGCCCUCAUGCAUCGUUCCAAGGAGAGCUUUGUCAUGCCCCGUAUUGCCACCUGCGACGACAUUGAGCUGGAGGCGCGCUUGCGGCGCAUGAACCUAUGGCGCACCGCCACCGAUUCCACUCGCUUCAGGUCUCGCUCGAAUCCCACAUCCGUUCACCAUACCAAUAACAACCACAACAACAAUAAUGAGUGCAUGCCCGCCUUCUAUAAGAACAAGAACAAGCCGCAGCUAAUCAGUGACGAGUCGAUCAUCCAAAGCCAGCCGCCGCAACCGCAAACGGAAUUCCAGGAUCCCGCCAUUGUCAAUCAAAGACGAAUUGGCAGCGGCCGUUUCAACCAUUCCACAAAGUGGCCCUACAGCAGUGCCGACUACCAUCCGUACAAUAAAACGAAACCCCAUCUGGAUGAGGGAAACUUGAAGCAUCAGAACGGCGGCAACAUGACGGUGUUGCAGUUCUUCGACAACGGCGAAAUAAGCAGCUCCAAGAUGGGCCAGCCAAAUGGUCGACCCAAUACCCCGGUAAUGGGUAUGUCCAACAAUCGCUCGGAUAACGAGACCAUGAUGUCCAACGAGUCCAGCGAGGAUCUGAGUCGGGCCAAUGAGAACUAUGUGAAGCGGGUGAUGUCCGGUUUCCUGGUUGUGUCCAAGCCCAAGUCCCGCGAAACGGAGGAGCGUCACCAUCGCCGCUACAGGAACCAAAACGAGGAGCCGGAAUGGUUCAGCUGUGGCCCAACCUCCAGGCUGGACACCAUAGAGUUGUGUGGCUUUGAUGAGGACGAGGAAAGGAUGCUCAAGGAGGGUCAUCACCAUGCCGAGAUGGACAGGGAUGGACAAAAGCAUAAGAUGGAUCAAAACAAGUACAAGUGGACGCAUCCGGAUGCCGCCAUUUCACGCAACAAAUUCAUGCCCAAGCACGAUACCAACAACAAUCACAGCAUGGAGAACAUGAACAAGGUGAUGAGCGCUGAUCAGCAUCCGCAUCAGCAUCAGCAUUCACAGACAACCAAGGAGGAGAAGCGUUCUGGUGGCGGCCGUUCUUUCCAGUUUGAUAAAUUCAAUCAGAGUUACGAGAACAACAAUUACAUCAACCAACAGCAGCCACAGCAACAGGCACAGCAACAGACACAGCACCAGCCCCACAACAAUUCCAAGUUCAUGUCAUUCUUUGAACGUGAGAGAAAUGGCUCAUCGUCGUCGCUAAAUGAAUUCUUCAAGCAGGCCAUGACCCAUAAUCCGAAUCCACACAAAGAGCAGCCCAAAUCCCUGCCCGGCCACAUGCCAUCGGUGGAACAAUUGGAGGCCAAGUGGCGACGCAAUUCACUCACCACCAACUCCAUGCAUCAGAAUAAUCAAGUUGAUAAUUUCCAAAAGCUAAUUGGCUCGCUCAGUGCAUCAAAAGCAGCCCCACCGCCGCAGCCGGUCACCACCGAUGCCAUUUCCACAUUCAUUAUGCAGCAGCAGGCAUACCAGCAGCAGCAACAGAAGCAGCACAUGCUCAUCCAGCAGCAACAGCAGCAGACCGCCUUUCUGGCUGGCCUCCAGCUGAAGGCGAUCCUCGGACGCGCCGAUACCCAAUUGCUGUUGCUACGCCUGACCAAAGGUGAAAUUUCCAAGCAUGGCUUGCUGGUGCAGUUGGCCAAUCCGCGUCUCUGCAACACAGAUCGGGAGGCCAUUACGGCUGUGCUGCAGUUCACCAACACACAGCAGCAGCAACAGCAGCACCAGCAGCAGCUGGACAUGCUCUCGAGCACGGUGAUUGCCAGCCAGUUGCAAAAUCUCCAUCACCUGACCAUUGUCCAGCAGAGUUUGGCCGCGAGACAGCAACAGCAGCAGCAGCAGCAGAAGCAACAGCAACAGCAGCAGUUCCCACAGCAGCCGCAGCAGCUGUCGCAGGAGGAUCUGCAGGCCCAUGCCAAUCUUAUAAUGAGAAAUGCUGUAAUGAAGCGUAAAAUGGAGGAACAGACCUCCAUGCUGAUCAAUGGUGCUGCUGCCGUUGCAGGCAAGAAUCCGGCACAGCAGCAGCAGCAGCAGCAAUCUCGUGGCCAGCAGCAGCGUCAGAAUCGUCCGGAUACCUCGGCAAAUGCAUUGCUGCAUGCACUUAUCUCUGGCAAUGUCAAUGGCAAUGGCAAUGGCAAUGGCAAUGGCAACGGCAACACUCCCCAGGCACCAACUGGAAUGCCCAUCUUGGGAGGCGGACAGCUUCCUCGACGUGCUUCUGAUGCUGCCAAUUUCCAAAAUGCUGAACUAACGCAGCAGCAGCAGCAGUCCCACUUUCCGACACAGUACAAUAAUAAUCCAUAUUAUCAGCAGCAGCAACAGCAACAGCAGUCGCAGCCAAUUCGCCAACAGAACAACCAGAAAGCACAGAUGCAAGCCCAACAGCCUAUGGCCAUGCCGUUGCCGAAUGGCGUCGAUGAGUUUCAUUAACGGACUCAAGAAGUUCUCCACCACGACCGUGGGUCUGAUGGCCAUCGGCAUCGGGUCCACCGUCCUCAUUUAUAC